AUGACCGGAGACCGAGGCUCGACGGUCUGCGCUGAUGAAGAAGAAGCAGCGUACGCGUGCGAAGGCAUCGUGUUAACGUUACCGGCGCCGGUCGCGGCCGAGUUGCCGGCGGCCGGGUGUCAGAAGAUGGUCACCGGCACCGAGUCCACCGUGUAA